CCACGUCCAUGUCAUCGACCACGCCAGAUUCCUCCGCGCCUAAAGUGCAGGGUGCAAUCUCUGCGCCCAUCACCACCACCUCUAAGCGGGUCGCAUUUGCCGCUGGAACUGCCCCGGGAACGGCCAGGGCGCGGACAACCGCCAAGUCGAGCAGUCGACGCACUCGUCCUAGUUCCACCUCGACGCACAGGAGACGCCCUCGCCCUCGCCCUCGCCCUCGCCACAUGGUCUAUGCCAUCAUGCUGACGGAAAAGGGUAUGAAGUCGUUCAAUGACGCACAUUUCGGCCCAGCGCCGCCGGGGCUCAACGAGGAGGAGUACCAGUCUUGGUGGGGAAACGAGAUGGAGGCCCUGUAUUCCAUCAUUCCCAGGCACUGCCUCAACCGCUUCGAUCUGCGCAACAUGGACAAUUUCGAGCUGACGUUCGUUCGCGACGGGGACCAUGAAGCUCCAGCAAUCGUGUUCGCGGACAAUUCCUCUCGUCGAACCAGCUCGCUGCCGGACCCUGAGCAGGUCGCCGCUGUUGCGAAGUAUAUUCACCAGGAGGGCGACGAGCCGAAGUGGUAUAGGGUAGCCAAGAUGUGACUGAAUAGUUGCUUGAGAACGAACAGCAGUCGGUUGCCGCUUCAACUGGCCGCAUGCCAUACCCUCAUCUACAUCGACCCCAUCAUCUCAGCCAGAGUGCGAAACGGUCUGGAUGGCCGACCCUUGCAUGUAUCCCUUGCUUUCCCCUAAGCUGUCGCGUCGUACCAUGCUCUGAAGUUACUGUGUAAUUGUACUCAAUGGAUAGAACGGGAGUUGAGAAAGUCUUGAAACGGAAA